UAACAAAUGAAUUCCAAUAAUUAGAUUGAAUUCUACUUGAAUUCAUAGCAAGUUGAUUUUAUUUAAAUGAAACUACCAUAAGGGUUUUCUUUACACUUGGCUAGUCUAAUUCAUUAGAGAGAAUAAAGAAUUGUAUUAUAUUGCCUCUAUUAUUCAAAGUCUAAAAAAGUUUCCAGGUUUGAUGCUACAUUUAAAACCCAUAAAUUGGAUCAGACAAGUUAAGAAGAUGUAUUACCAAGAAGAGGUUAAAGGAUAUAACCUUAAUAAUAAAAGGAAAAAAAAGAGCCAGAUAAUAAAGCAUAAAAAAUUAUGCAAAAAUAAAAGCAUCAUUAAUAUAAUUAAUAAUAAUCUUAAUAAUAGUAGCAAUAAUAAUAACAACAACAAUAGUAAAGUCCAUAAAUUGUGUAAUAUAUUCAAUUAAAUAAAGAUCUAAGUUAUCAAAACAAAUGACUUAAUAAGAGAAGCUAAACUUAGGAGAAAACAUUAAAAAAUUAAAAAUUGAAUAUUUAAGAGGAGUUUGGGAAAUAGUAUAAGAGAGUGUUCAAGCAAAUGGAGAAGAUGAAGUAGAAUUCGACAUAGAUGCACUUCCCACUAAAACUGCUAGAAAAUUAGAAGCUUAUGUAACAAGUCGAUUGUAUGUUAUCAUAAAAGAUUUUAGGCAAACAAAAAAACAUAAAGACGAUGAAGAAGAGAAAUCUUUAGAACCUGAUUCAUCAGAUUAAUGA